CAAAUUUUUAUUUAUUUAUGGUGAAAUAGCGUAUUUUUUUCAACAACAGUAAAUAAUAUCUUUUUCGAGGUACCAACCAGCAUCAGCUCGUUCAUUUCUCCACUGAUUUUCCUUCUCCAUUUUCUAUUCCGAUCUGAUCAAUUCCACGACUAAGCAAAGCUUUGUAUCAAUAGAUCCAUCCGGCGAUCAUUCGUACAGUAGCAGAACAAGGACGGAGAUCGACCGGAAAGAGAUCGGAGGCGGCGCGGCGGGAAAUUGAGAGAUCGGAGAUUCACUGCGGCUAGAUGAUGGAAUGGGAGACAGUGCAGCAUCUCGAUUUGAGGCAUGUCGGCCGUGGCCUCAAGCCCCUGCAGCCUCAUGCCGCCGUCUUCCACCCCACUCAGGCCGUCGUAGCAGUCGCUAUCGGCACCUACAUCCUCGAGUUCGAUGCACUCACUGGAAGCAAGAUUUCUUCAAUUGACAUUGGUGCUCGUGUUGUUCGCAUGGCUUAUAGCCCAACUAGUGGACACACUGUUAUUUCUAUCCUCGAGGAUUGCACAAUCCGAGCAUGUGAUUUUGAUUGCGAGCAGACACUUGUGCUACACUCACCUGAAAAAAGGACAGAACAAAUUUCACUAGAUGCUGAAGUACAUCUUGCCCUGACACCUCUCCAGCCUGUUGUGUUUUUUGGUUUCCAUAGAAGAAUGAGUGUGACAGUUGUUGGCACGGUUGAGGGGGGAAGGCCACCAACAAGGAUAAAGACUGAUCUUAAAAAACCUAUUGUCAACAUUGCCUGUCAUCCUCGUCUUCCAGUCCUGUAUGUUAGCUAUGCUGAUGGCUUGAUUCGCGCUUACAACAUUCAGACCUAUGCCGUUCACUAUACACUCCAGCUUGACAAUAUGACCAAGCUGAUUGGUGCUGGUGCUUUUGCAUUCCAUCCAACUUUGGAGUGGAUAUUUGUUGGUGAUAGGAGUGGUAGUCUUCUUGCAUGGGAUGUAUCAACUGAGAGACCAAAUAUGAUUGGAAUUACGCAGGCUGGCUCCCAUCCAAUAACUUCUAUUGCAUGGCUUCCUUCUUUGCGACUGAUUGUUACUGUUGCAAAGGAUGGUGCACUUCAGGUUUGGAAGACGCAUGUGAUGAUUAAUUCCAAUAGGCAGCCAAUACAAGCAAAUUUUUUUGAGCAAGCAGGGUUUCGAAGGGCGAUCGCCAUUGAUUCUGCCGCUCUACCUUUCUGCUUCGUCGGCUCGUGCCCGCCUUGUCGGCGUCUGCUCGGCGUUCGUCUGCGUUUGCUCAACGAGUCUGCUCGGUGUCUCUGCUCGACGAGUCUGCUCGGCGUCGCUCGCUCGGGGUUCGUCUGCUCGAUGACUCUCGAAGCUUCACGUUUCCGUCUGCUCGUGAAGCUUCUCACUGUUCCUGCCGCAGCAACUUUGCUGUAG